GCGCCAUUCCCGCAUCGCAGCUACAACGAACGAGCGCAAGACUCCAUUGAAUUUAACACAACGAUAUAAACCCUCCCACCAUGGCACAGAAAGCCGCCAAAUCCCUCGCAGUGCGCAACGCAUCGCGCCUAAAACAAACGCACCUCAUCACCCUCGCCGUAAACACCAUCUUCCUCUUCCUCCGCUUCACAUUCCGCCGCUCUCUCUCGCUCAAGCGCUAUAUUCUCCUCUCAAUACCUGCUCUCGCGAUCGAAUUCUACCUCGACCGCGCCGCGCAACCAAGCUACAAGUCCGACGGAACGCUACGUUCGGCCGGGGAGGACCUCGAUGCCAAAGGCCUGACAGAAUUCAUGUGGGAUGUCCUGUACUGGACAUGGAUCAACGUGAUCCUGGUGAUCGUCCUGGGUAAUCGAGCAUGGUGGCUAUACCUUGUCGUGCCUGGGUACGCCAUCUAUGCGGCUGUAGGUACAGCAAGUGGCCUGAAGGGUAUGCUGGGCGGUAUGGCUGGCGGAGGUGGGGAAGCAGUCGACGGCGCACCACAGAGCCAAAGCAAGCGACAGGCCAAGAUGGAGAAGAAAGGAGGCCAGCGUAUGGCAUAUAGAUGAAAGGGAAUGAAGUCAAACAAGCUGUUAAACCAUGCCUUCUCGACAGACACUCACAACGCCUGCACAU